AUGGCUGCCGUAGUAGACAUCGACAGCAAUGGCAACUCGCUCGUCAUUACGACUCUCAGACAGCUACGGACAUACUGGCCCUUGCUCAUUCCUAUCAUCUUCAUCUGCCGCUUUUGUUACUACAAGUAUGCCUCGCCUCUGAGGAAGUAUCCGGGACCUUUCCUGGCCUCGGGAAGUCGACUUUGGAAAGGUAAAUAAAUGCAGGCAAUUCGCCAUCUCAGAAUCUACUACUGACACGAGCUGUCAAACAGUCUGGAGCACUUGGUCCGGCCAUACCGAACGAGACCACAUUCUCAUCCACGAGAAACACGGUCCCGUAGUGCGUAUCGCACCCAACGAGCUCUCCUUCGCCUCUCCACACGCCGCAAGAGAGAUCCUCGCAGCGGGCAAAGGAUUCCACAAGACCGACUUCUAUGGCGUCUUCCCGCCGCCCGAGAAUCCGGAUAUCUUCACUGAGACGCGCGAGGACGUGCACGCCGUCAAGAAGCGAUAUGCGUCGAAUCCGUACAGCAUGGCCACGAUGCACACGAUGAGCGGGUAUAUCGAAGACACGGAACGUCUGCUGAUGAAGAAGCUCGACGGCAUGUGUCAGUCGCCGGAUGGGUACUGCAAUCUGGGGAAUUACCUGCACUACUUCGCCUUUGACGUGUUGGGAGAGCUGGCCUUCUCCCGCAAGUUUGGCUUUCUCGAGGCUGGGUACGACAUCGAGAAGGCGAUCAAGACCAUCGACGACAUGCAAUGGUACGACGGGAUCGUGGGUCAGAUCCCGGAGUGGGAUUUUGUCUUUCGCCGCAAUCCGCUGUGGAAGUACAUACCGGCGCUGAGCACGAGCAAUUUCCUCAUCACUCGGAUGGCGCUGGACGAGAUCGAACAGCGCAAGAGACUGGGGAAGCAGCUGGAGCGCAGAGAUCUCAUGGCGGCUUUGUUCGAUGCACACGAGAAGGCACCUGCUGCGUUCAAGGAAGGUGAUGUCUUUGCCGUCGCUCAUGGUGCCAUGUGAGUGUCUUUGUCUUGUCUUCUGGAAAGACACAAAACAAAUAAAAAAGUUCCGAGAAAUGGCUGCUGAAUCUUAACUCUUAGCUUCGCCGGAUCCGACUCGACCGCUUCAACAAUGCAGAGCUUCUGCUGGCACGUCCUGCGCGAUCCUCGCAUCUACGCCACCCUGAAACGGGAGCUGGACGAAGCUGCCGCAGCCGGCAAGCUCUCCGAGAUGCCACAGUGGACCGAAGUCCAGGCGCUGCCGUACUUCCAAGCCUGCCUCAAAGAAGCCAUGCGCAUCCGCCCCGCCGUCGGGCUCAACAUCACCCGUCUGGUGCCUCCCGGGGGCGCAGAGAUCCACGGCCAGCGCUUCCCCGGCGGCACACGAGUCGCGCUGAACGGCUGGGUCUUGCAUCGGGAUACCGAAAUCUUCGGCCGCGAUGCCACAGUCUACCGACCCGAGAGGUGGAUGGAAGGUGAUGCGAAAGCCAAAGCCAUGGAGAGGCACAUGUUCCAGGUGAGGUGUCCCCCUUCCCUUUACCCUUUACCCCCCCUUAUCAAUCAAUCAAUCAAUCAAUCAAUCAAAGGGUUUGUCGUUGUCGUUGCAGAGGUUGGUGGGUUGGUCGCUAAUAAUGCUAAUUUGGGAUUUUUUUUUCUUUGCUCCAGUUCGGAGGCGGCAGCCAUCUCUGCAUCGGCAAGAACCUCGCUCUACUCGAAAUGAACAAGACGUUGCCUUUGCUGUUCCGCAAUUAUGAGAUGGAACUCUUGAGGCCUCAGGAGGAACCCCGGUAUCAUUCGACUUUCUUCGUGGUGCAGGAAGGGCCCGAGAUUCGGAUUGCGAGGCGUGCGGAGGAGGUACAUGUAUCGUGA